CAAAUACAGCAGAACAGGUAUUGAUGAGCAAAAUCACUGAGGAGAACACACAUUUUUAGUUCUGAUAAAAAGGCAUUUUCUUUUCGCUAUCUACAAUGACAGCUGGCAGCUGUAACAUUCCUUGGGUAAUUGUGUCUCUCACGGUUAUAGCUUUGAUCAUAUCCAUAUGUAUUCAUCUCCUUACCUACAAUGCAAGACGGAAAAAAGAAAAACAGCCAAUAACAUACAGAGAUUAUGAACCAAGCUUUCCGGAGCCAGAGUAUAUUGAUGAAAAUCCCAUUUAUGGGAACAUUAAUCCUGAAGUUGUAGAAGUUGAAGAAGUUUCCGAAGUUUGUUACGAACAAAUGAACGUAAAGGCUCCAGUGCGAGUUCAAAGAGAACGAAAGGCAGCAGAUGCACACAAUAUGUGCUACGCAUCUCUUGAGUUAUCAGCACAGAAGCAGCACAGAAAGCACAGAAAAAAGAAGAACAACUCAGUGGAGUUUUUGGAUACAGACAUGGAGGAAGGGAAAAUGCUUUCUAGAACAAACAGCAUGUACCUGAACAGCCAGCAGCUGGCAGCUGGAAAUGGGGAUGAAGCCAUUCACGAGGAUCCCUCUUUGCUUUUGAGCAUGAUUAAUACAAAUAGGUACUAGGCAACAGAAAACUGCUUUCUUUAACUCCUCACAGCUUUCGUACUUUUAUCAAAUUUAAAAUUUACUGUAACUUUCCCUACAAGUUUAGAAUUUAUAUUGCACUUAAACAGUAGGUAGCAGGGUUCCAAAGAACAUAGCGUUACACAUCCCCACGUGCUGCUACAACUGUUUAAAUAACAUGCCUCAAAUUUUUCUUCACAUUGUAACAUCGUGACAAUUUUUUACUUAUAACUUUAAAGUCUGUUUCAAAGCUCUUUUUAAAAAGUCCACUCUAGUGCACUGAUAGUGUAAGGAUUAUUGACCACAUUGUCAAACGGGUAACACAGCAAUAACGAUCCAGGAUGUGGUAUGGAACAAACGCCAGAACACUCAUGGUUUUUUUUUUUUUGUUCUUUAAAAUCGCUCUUCCUGCAGUCAUUCAGAGCAGUGUGGGGGAGCGUGACUAUAACUAAAGGGCAAAAAUUCAAGUAGUCUAGCUAAAUAGUCCAAGUUCUUACCUUUCAAAGGCGCUGUUGACGAUCACUCUAGGACUUGUAGAACCGGAGAAAUCUUUGAAGUGGCUAGAGUCAGUAAAACUGCAGUGAACAGAGCAGAAAUGGCGGCUUCCACAUAUGGGGCGCCAAGUGUGUGUGUGUGUGUAUAUAUAUAUAUAUAAGGCAGUAAUAUUUUUUGACCGAUUUAUUUGUUAGAAAUGUUAGCUAAAUGUUGACUCGCCAAGUGUAAAAAAAAAUUAAAUUCACAGAUUUGUUUGUCAGAAACUAAGAUUUAUAGACCGAUUUUAAAUGUUGAAUUUGCCAUACACGUUUUCAAUAUUUAUAAAUUAUAUCUGAAAGUACACAUUUCAAAACUUAAGAAUGUGUUUAAUUAACAUUUAUGUAUUUAGCUAAAUCUAGACUUUGUAGUUAAAUCUAGGAAAAAUACGCAAUUUACAUUAAAUCCGGAAAAAACAAACAAACAAAAAAACACCAGUUAAAAUAUAGUUAAGUUGUAACGUUUUAAUGUGUGCCAGCGGGGGAAGGGGGCUGCGCAACUAAACGUAUGCUAAGAAAAGUGGACGGCAUGCAAAAGUUUGCACACCGCUGAUCGAGGACAGAUCUCAAACCUCAGUGCACUACAGCAACCUUUUAAAAAAACAGCUUUGAAAUAAAGUUAGAAGUGUAAAAGGUUGUGAGGAUGUUAACAAUGAAAAGAAAAUGACAGGUACGCUAUUUAAACAGUUGCAGCAACAUGUGGGGACGGGUAACGCUAUAUUUUUUGGAACCUCGCUACUUACUCUUUAAAUUUGGUAUAGCUAACAUAUUAAUUUAAACAACCUUUCGUGAACUUCCAUUCGCUAGGUCACACAUAUAGCAAGCACGUAUUUAAAAAAAAAAAAAGAAGAUAUUGCACAAUACAAGUUAAAGAAAGCUCUGUCUGCAUUUCACCAGGAGAGUGAACUUGUCCUCACCCAUUUAAUAUUGUAUUACCUGUUAACCAGCCAGCUGAUUCACCCAAAACUAACAUGUUUUAACCCUGAAAACAUGCCUCGGAAAAGUAAAGACGGAAAAAUAAGAGCUUUAUGUAUCACAGUAUGUAUAUAUACACACACACACAUUAUAUAUACUGUAUAUGUAAGUAUAUAUAUAUAUAUAUAUAUAUAUAUAUAUAUAUAUAUAUAUAUAUAUAUAUAUAUAUAUAUAUAUAAGGUUCGGUUACAGUGAGAGUUUCAGUUUGGAUUCCAAUGCUCGAUCAGCAUUGAAAGGGCAUUUAUUAACGAGGAACAACCAUUGUGAGGCUGAGGUGAUCAGUGACCAAACAUUAAGAUACUCUGCUAGUACCUUUCUGCUUACUAGAUUGUAACAUUAUUGGUUAUGGCAAUUUUUUUUUUUUACAUUGUUUUUAUAUUUUAUCUAGAUUGCAACCGUAAUAAUAUUGUAUCACUGCAAAAUGUUAUUUAAACAUAUAAAUGCUUUGAAGUUUUAUUGCAGUGUUGAUUCCUCCCCUAAUUUUGAUGCAAUACAAGGGAACUGUGCACUACACUGGAUGCCCAUUUUCUGCACAGCACCUGCAUGAGUUAUUUGGUUCUAGUUGAGUUUGGUGCCUAGCUAGUCUACAUUUUUUAAUGGUUGAUUUGACAAUUAUCUUUACCCAUUGUUGGCAUGACAUCAUUAACAUAACCAGUACAUUCUUCCUGUUCACUGUUUUGUGUACUGUACUCCUAAGAAACCAGAGCUAGCUGGCUUUCUAGUUUGUUUGUUAAAAGCAUUUUCAGCUGAAGGCAAACAAACUUAUUUCUGUGCAGUCUAUUUAUUACUCUUGUGAACUAGACGGGGAGGCUUCUGCUGAACCAGUCAAACAAGGACAUUAAAUGUUGUUUUUGUUACAUUGAUGACAUUUAUGACACCUUUGGGAAAAGGCCUCAAUUGGUUCCCAUCUAAGGCUCAUGGAGCUCCUAACUUGGAAGUUCUCAUUCCAAUGCCAGUGUAUUGUACUUGUGUUCUUUUCACUUGAAACAUUACAAACCUAUUUCUACUAUUAUUUCAAUACGGUUUGCUCAGCCUAAAUUUGGAACAAGAAAUAGCCCUAAAAAUAUAAUGUAGUUGAAAACAUUUUUUUAAAGGUAGCACUCGAGUCACCUGGAGUAUUGGUCAACCACAAUUAUUACUCAACAAUUGAAAAUGUUGCCUCACCACAGCCACCCAGAUCAAGCCAAUGGUCUGAUUUCACCUA